AUGUCGAAGCCACGCAGUUCUGCCUAUCACGCUCCUCAUGACUGUCGGGCUGAAGAGUUUCUGCGCGGACUGCGUGAACAGCAGUCGACGGGGACGUUCUGCGAUGUUGUUCUGAAGGGCUGCGAGGACUUUGCGGUGGGCAUUCCCUGCCACCGCAGUGUCCUCAGCGUGCACAGCGCCUACUUUCGGACCGUCUUCACGCAGGACUGGAAAGACUCGUCGCAGCCGGUCUUCCAGCUGCACAACAUCGGCAGUCACACGUUGAACCAGUUGGUGAGGUACGCCUACACGCUGAUCCUGAACAUCGAUGCUGACAACGCGCAGUCCAUCCUGGAAGCGGCGGAAUUCCUGCAGAUGACUGCCGUGGCUGGUCUGUGCUGGGAGUACGUGGAAGACCACAUACAGCUGUCCGACUGCUUGGCCGUCCACGCUCUGGCCUCCAACCACCACAACACCCAUAUGGCCGAGGCUGCACUGGGCCUUAUCCGUCGACACUUUCUGCACUUCAUUGAGAGUCCGGGCUUCCUUCAAAUGGACGCGCAACAGCUGAUUGCGCUGAUGGCAUCGGAUGACGUGGACGUGACGAGUGAAGACCAAGUGCUGCGGGCGGUGCUGCACUGGUUGGAUCACGACCGUCCCGGACGAUUGGCGCACCUGCACGCCGUCCUGCAGGUGGUGCGUGUUCCCUUCCUGAGUGACAGAUGCCGACAGGAUUAUGCGCUGGCUCUUAGUCUUGGCAGAUCAUCAUCCGCGGUGCCACGGAGUCGGUCCGCGCCGGGCCGUGGACUGGCCGACGGGACCCAGACGACGAAAAAGGCCAAACCCCGGCAUUCUUUGGGUAAGGGAGCACAGGAAGUAAUCUUGUGCGUGGGCGGAUGCAACAUGGGUAACAUGGAUCAGCUGUACGAUUUGGCCGUUUCGGUUGACGUCUUCAGUCCAUCGAUACCGGCAGUCUGGCGCCUGAAAGAGUUGCCAGUAGACGUUGAAAAAUGCCGCGCAGUGAUGCCGGACGCUAGUGCGAUGAUGAUCUGCAGUUCGGGCGACAUCGUCACGGUGCACCGCAACCGCCGCUACACGGACCUACAGGGCGCGUGGUGGAAGGAGAUCCACAUGCACACGCCGCGCGAUUCCGCCGGUCUUGCCGCGCUGGAUGGCCGCGUUUACGCCGCCGGCGGCUAUGAUGCGCGCAAGGUGCUACUGUCGUCUGUGGAAGUUUACGAUCCCGACAGUCGUGCCUGGAGCGCCGUGGCCGCGCUGCCCGUUGCUCUGGCUUCCGUGGCGCUGGUGGCGUGUGACGGUCGAUUGUACGCCUUUGGUGGCGCCGGUGAAGACCGCUGCGGUUGCAGUUUGGCGUUCUCGUAUGAUCCCGCAACGGAUGCCUGGAGUAGACUGGCCGAUAUGCCGACGGCGCGCAGCGGAGCCGCUGCCUGUGUGGCGCCCAGCGGGCUGAUUUACGUUGUUGGUGGAAAUGAACACCGUCAUGUGGAAGCGUACGAUCGUGCAUCCAAUCGGUGGCUUAAGAAAGGCGAUACGCUUAUGACGCGCUAUGAACUGGGAUGUGCCAGUGUGAAUGGGAAGCUGUACGCUCUCGGGGGGUGCGGUGGUGGGUGUCACGACAGCAUCGAAGUGUACGACGAGGACGCGGACCGCUGGGCGCUGCACGAGUGCCGCUUGCCGCAGCCCAAGUCGCACUUUGGCUGCGCGGUGAUGAAGCUGAAGCGCGGACCGCAGCGCGCCCAUUGA